AUGUCUAUCAAUAGUAAAGAUAAACCUCCACAAGUAACCAAAAUCAAACGAAAAUUAUCAAAUGAGACAAGAGUACCAGAUGCACCAAAACUAUUAUCAUCAACGAGUGCAGAAACAACUCUAACGCCUGACAACAUUCAAAAAGUUAUAUAUAAAAUUCGUCAACAGCUUCAUGUAUUGGUAUCAGAGAUCGAAAAGGGUCAACCAAACGUGACCCGAACCCAAUCCGAUCCGAACAUGAGUUGA